AUGUCAAGUGCAGUACCACCGAAAAGCUCAGGAAAAGCCCCAGUGAAGUCUAUUGCUCCAACAAGUUCGCAGUCCAAGAAAGGCAAGAAGAGAAAGUCGUCCUCUGCAGCUACUGGUCUGCAGUUCAGAUCAGCUAUUAAGAAGUGUCUUAGGGAGACAUCGCCUGAUGGCUCCAUCAAGAUUACGGAAAAGACGCUUUGUGUUCUGUGCGGAAUAGCCAACUCUCUCAUUGAAGACACAAUCCUUACGGCCACCGAGCUUGCCAAGAAGGUUGACAAAGAAACGAUUGGUGUUGAGGACAUCAUUGCAUCCUAUGAGUUGAUGCUUACAGGAGAGUUGAGGAAUCUGUGUGUUAGAGAAAUCAAGACAACAAUAGCCAAGUCGCAGACCAAGGCGCCAGCAAAAUAA